AUGUUGCGGCCAUGCAGUGCAAACAUCAAUUCCACCGUGACUGCAUCUCAAGGUGGCUCUCCGAGUGUCGCAAGACCUGCCCACUUUGUGGGAAGGAUGCCUGUUGAUGUCACAUGGACGAAUGUUUCACACAGGUCAGUGCUGCAUCGCUUGCUGCGCUUCAGCGAACGAACAGAUAGCUUUGCUGGAGGUUGCUUGGGUGCAUCCAUCCUGGCCCUUGGUCCUGGCUUGUGUCGCCCUUGUGAUCGGAAGAAGGAAAGGGGGACGGUGCCUCAAAGACCGGGUGGAAGCCUGAAGGGAAGAAGUGGAGGACACAGCCCGACGCGUCGGCCCAAUCUGCCCAAGUGGACUCCGGAUGCUGAAAAAAGGGUCGCUCCAGAGGCCCUUGUGUUUGUGAGAGGAGAAACAGCGCUGUGUGUUCCCCCCGAAAGUGGAGCAAUUCCCAGUUGGAAAGUCAGCACCAAUCAAGGCAUUUGGGACUAA